AUGGCCGCACACUCGUUCUCCCAGCCGCCGACCGUCCCCGACGUGCUCGUCGCCUUCCCGGCCCAGCAUGUCAUGCUCGUGACCAUCAACCGCCCCCGCCAGCUCAACUCGCUGCCGUCGACCCACCAUGCACCGCUCGACCGCCUCUUUACGUGGUUCGACAACGAGCCCGCCCUCCGCUGUGCCGUCGUCACGGGCGCCGGCCGGGCCUUUUGCGCGGGUGCCGACCUCAAGGAGUGGAAUGCUCUCCACGACGCGGCCCACCAGCUGGGUGCCGCCCCGCAGGCCCCGACGGCGCGCUGGACACCCGCCGGGUUCGGCGGCCUGAGCAACCGCACGGGCAAGAAGCCCGUCGUGGCGGCCGUCAACGGCCUCUGCCUGGGCGGCGGCAUGGAGAUGGCCGUCAACUGCGACAUGGUGGUGGCGGCGCAGUCGGCGCAGUUUGGCCUGCCCGAGGUGCGGCGCGGCGUGGUGGGGAUUGCGGGCGCGCUGCCGCGCAUUGUGCGGACGCUGGGCCGGCAGCGGUCGGCGGAGAUGGCGCUGACAGGGCGCCACUACAGCGCGCAGGACAUGGCGCGGUGGGGCAUCGUGAACACGGUGGUGGCGGACGACCGCGUGGUGGCCGAGGCGGUGGCGAUGGCGUCGCUGGUGGCGGCCAACUCGCCGGACGCGGUGGUCGUGUCGCGGGAGGGCAUGCGGCUGGGCUGGGAGGGCAUUGCGCCGGAGCUGGCGACGGACCUGCUGGAGCGGGGCAUGUACGGCAUCAUAGACGGCGCCGAAAACAUGAAGGAGGGCGUGCUCAGCUUUGUCGAGAAGCGGCCGGCCGUGUGGAAGGGGAGCAAGCUGUAG